AUGUCACAGAUUCCACCCAGGAAGGUUCCCAGGAUAAUAUCAAGAGUAAAGCCAAAAAUAGAAACGAAGACUGGAGUGGACGAGAGAUGUAGUACAUUACGAGGCGAUCACACAGAUUUGGUGAGGAAUGAUUUAUUGGAUGAACUAGGAUCUGAAAAAGUAGUUAUCCGCGAUGGAAUCGUUGUUGCAGUUCAGCAAUCAGAGAAGAAAAAUAAUAUUCAGGUUAUGUCCGGCCACAGUAACAGAAGAGUUGUGAUUGAUGCAGGACUGCCUGCUCAAGAGCAAGGAUUGUACACAGAAAAACCGCUCCCCGGUUGUGCAGAUGAAGUAGAAUCUUAUCCAUGUAAAUAUUGUCCUAAUCAUGUUUUUUUAACCACACUAGGACUCGAAAAGCACGCGAGAGAGUUUCACGUUGAACACCUUCAAGAAAUAAUGGCGUAUAUGACUACAAUACAGGAAGAGUGGAUACGAAGAGAAAGGGAACGAGGAAGACAGAGGGAAAGAGCUCAAAUGGCCAAGUUACGACAAGAGUCUAUCGCUCACGCUGCUGUCCGGAAUUCGGCACUAAGAAUAACUGAAAUAGAAGUUGGGCAAGAAGUUUCUAUAUCUGAUCAAAUGGAAGACGAACACUUCGAGGCUUGUCGCAUAUGCUCCCUUCUCAUCAAUGCUAAUCAUCCUACCGCGAUGGAAAACCAUCUCCGAGCACAUAAAAAGAAUGAUGAACUAAGAAGUCAACUGUUAGCAGAAUAUGGAUCUGAGAUUGUCGGAAGGUUGACAUGUCACGAUUGUCAUUUAGUUUUCACAGAAGAUAGUAAGUUAGCGUUACAUAUUGAACAUACUCAUGUGAGAAGAAGAAGAUUCGUGUGCAAAUGGUGUGGACAUUUAUGCGCAUCUAUGACUGAUUUGAAUAACCAUAAAGCUGAUGUUCAUGCAAUGCCAGCUUGUCAGAGCCGCCAGGAGCGUAAUAUGAUUAUGCGUAAUAAUGCUAUAAAAGCACGUGCAAGAGUAAGGGCUGAACAGUUUGUUGAAAGAUGCUAUGGCCCUGGGAACCAGGAUGCAGUUUGCAGGACGAACUGUGAAGAGUGCGGAUUACGUUUACUACGACCCUCUCUCCUUAUUAGACAUAUGCUUCGAGUCCAUUCAAAGGAGAGCUUCUCUUGUAAAAUUGAAACAAAUGGAAUCGAGCCAUUUAGAAUAGAAGUUGAUCAAGCUAGAAUUCGAUGGGUGUGUUGUAAUGCCAAAUAUGUUGAUAAACAAGAGUUCAACUACCAUCGAAGGACAGAGCAUUUAGAAAAAAUGAAUCAAACUUCACAACAAGAAAAACAGAUUAUGGAAUCCAGUUCUUCAGUUAUGAACGAGUUGAAUACGAACGAACUUCCCAUCCAGCCAGGCACUGCUGCUUACACCGGCCAAAUUGUACAUAAUGACGAUGGAAGCAUGCAGGUUGUUUUACCGGAGGGCAUCGAUACUUCAGGAGAUAUUUACGUUGUUAUGCUUGAAGACAAUAUGGAGAUCGCAAAGAAUCAACAAAAUGCUUACGAAGUCAGUGGUUCGAAUUCUCAGGAGCCCAUUCAGAUUCAAGGAGAGCAUCAAAUGGGAGUAGAUGAUGAUACGGAUACAGUAGCUAUCACUGAAGAACAGUAUCAGGAGCUACGAGAGCAAUAUGGAGAUGAUUUGAAUGAUCUGCAAAUUGUGUUCAUGAAUGAUGAUAUGGAACAUGGUGGCCAUAUGGUGGUUCAUCAUGAUCAUAAUGUGGAUAUGAAUGUCGGCAGAAAUGUAUCACAACAACAGCCUCACCCUCAAAACCUUAACAUCCAACAACAUAAUUUAGUUUCUCACCAACCUGAACUAACAAAUGAGGAAAUUUUCGAGCCUUAG